AUGAAGUUGCUGGGCAACAGAAAGAGCAAGAAACAGAAGCUGAGCCGGAAAUACAACAUCCAGAAGCGAAUCCGUGAGCACAAGCGACGGGUGAAGAAGGAAGCAAAGAAGUUGGGCCUGAAGAAAAGAGUAAGAAAAGACCCCGGAAUUCCAAACAGCCUGCCAUGGAAGGCCGAGCUUCUCGCGGAGAUAGAGGCUAAGAAGGCCAAGCGCGAAGAGGAGCUCGCUAAGAAGAAGCAGGAGGCGAAGAAUAAGGUGAAGCAAGACCGUCUAGAACAACAGCGACAGUCGCAGGAGCUGAAGCAGCAAAAAGAUGCAGAGCGGCGGAAGAAAAGAGCCGAACAAGUGCCUUCGCAGGGGACACUUCGGAAGUUUGUGAAGCGUACGUCGUACAUCCAUGUUUCGUUCACGUUCUGA